UACAGAGGCUCCCUGCCGUGAACGGUACCGGUGUGGUGCCUGGUUGGUUUGUUGUCGUCUGUUUAAAUUCACGGGUAUACACACACCCUGUGAAUUUCCGGGUACAUUCACAACACUGCCAGCGACCCAGUUCUCCAUAAUGAAACUCGAUGAACUUUUUGCUCGUGAGGUUCUGUUAUGGAGAUAUGUACGAGCCCUGGGAUGCUUACUUGUGCUACAAGUCGCAGUGCCAAUGGCUGUCUGUAACCUGUACUACACAGUCAUUGUACAAGGUGUAUUCAAUCCAGUUACAAUCAUCACAAAUUUAUUGGCCUCAUGUAUUCUGCCUUCCAAGCUGCUGCAGCUUGUGGUCCCAGCUAUCUGCUUUGUUCUCUUAGCAAGAGUCCACAUAAAAUCCUACACAGUGCACGCCUGGGUGCCUCUGUCUACUUGGCAGUCAUGGCAGAGGUUCUUCUCCCUGACAGUGGUGUGUAGGAGCUUCUUGAUUGCUCUAGCCUGUGCUCUGCUGGCCAGCUUUUAUGCCUCACUGGCACACCCCAGUUUUCAUCUGUUUGCAGUGCCUUGUUCAUCCAAGAAUAUUAUGUGCUCAACUCGCAAAGGUAUGAUCAUGUCCCUGGGGUGCUGUGUGGGAAUUCGUUAUGCCUAUAAAUACUUCAUGGAGAAUGGGAAUGUCAUCAUCCCUGCUCCAGUUCAUCCAAGAAAACUGCAGUUCAUCAAAGCCAGCCUGAGUCUUCAGAAACUCCGAGAAGCUUGCAACACCCACGGGGCCAGCAAGUUUUCUCUCUGCUAUUUCAUUGUGCUUAGUAUUUUGUUAACUGGUUUGUUUUGGAAGGGGAAAAUUGGCAAGAUUUGCUGCAGGUAUUUGAUCUUCCACUGGUGACAAUGAUGGUGCUGUCCACAGUCCUUUUGGCCAUCACACUCUACCUCUUUUCACAAGUUUUCCAAAUUUUUGUUGCUGAGCCCAUAGAAGUUCCCUUGAUCAAUGAAGAGGGAGGCCCUAGUUCAGAUGAAGAUUCUUGGCAACUGUGUCAUGCUCUCAGCACAUCAGGACUUCUUCAGCUUCUAGCAUUUUGGGACCUCAAGUCACUUGCUUCCUCAGAUCCCAGAAAUUAUCACAGACGUGCCCAAGUGUUUAUGAUCAGCCAACCAGGUGGUCAUCCUCGCAACUGGCUGGGCAUCAUGAAUCCAUCUCUGAACCUGAUACGCAAGUUUACUGACAGGCUGCGAAGACACAACUGUCCUGAAGAGCUCCCAAAAGCAAGACCUAAAGUCCACAGAAACUGAUGUAAAUAAGAAUGAGGUUGCCAAAGCACAAACUGCCUCCUUCAGAACGAGAAUAAACAAUGUGUUGUCAAGCUUGAAGAGAUUCCAGAUCUUUGGAUACUUUUUAAGUGAACUUCCUGAUGCAGUAAACAGAAGCAUUUUUGUAGAAGCACUUCCAGUGAUAUGGGCAGUGCAAGCUCUGGGGGAUUUAGCUGCAGCAUCAUUCACAGAAGACAAGUUUGGUGUAGUACAAAGAAAUAUCCCAGACAUCUUGAUGGCCUUCACACAGCUUCAGAAGGUGCUUGAUAACAUGGGACGGGUCACAAUAACCAGGAGAGCAAACACAGCAGGAAAUAACCAGCUUGAAUUGCAACUGAGGAAAGCAUUAAGAGCAGCCCUAAGAUCAGCACUUUACACAGUCACCACCACCUUUGGACCAACAGUGCUAGAGAUGCAAGUGUCAGCUGAAUGUCAGAAUAAGUUGAAAUCAUACUUGGAAUUCAAAGAAGGAUGAAAAAUGGGAGAAAAAUGUUCAUACUUCCAAGCAACACAAAACAACUUCAAGUUGUGAAGAUCCUUUGCAUCAUGAAGGCUUCAUUUGUGUUAAAUGUGAUAAGUUCCUUAGUCAUCAUAUCAACAGGUCAUGAAAUGUGUAGCCAACUUUCCACUUUGUUUUUUAAUGAAUGGAGUAUUUUGACUUCAAGCAGUUCCAUAUUGAUGAAAGUAUGUCAUACUGAUGAUUGUUAUACUUUCUAUGUGCUGUACUUUGCUAUUGUGAUUUGCCAGUGUUUUAUUCAGUUUGAAGUUUCAUUUACAUGAAACACUCCAGUGAUCUUAAGUGUCUUGAACAUAAUCUUUUGCCAGAACUUAAGAUAAUAUAUCUCAAAACACUUUUUUGUGUAGAUGUAACUGGCUAAGAUUAUGACUUCACAGUUCAAUCUUUGUAUUGAAUUACGAAUUAAAAGAUACUGUUUGUACAUUGAGUUAAUUUUGUAUGCAAAGUGGCCACAAGUCAUGUGAUAUGUUCAAGUUUAUCUUAAGGAAUAAUGUAGUGACUGCAUUUAACAGUAUGUCUGACUGCCUUAUAAUAUGUUCAAAUGUAUUAUGAGGAAUAAUGUAGUGACUGCAUUUCACAAUAUGUCUGGCUGCCUCAAUCAAGAGGAAUUGUUUUAAUCUUCCAAGAUGAUAGGCAUUUUUAGCCAGUGCAAAUCAUAUACUGGGAUUUUUGUAAGUGUGUAGUACACCCAGGACCUAUGUACUUAUAAGAUAUAGCUGCAGAGAGUUCAAAAGUAAUAACAACAUAAAUUUUUGUAGUGUAUAAAGACUUGUGUAGCAUUUUUGUAUGUGUGUGUGUCCAGUGCAUGAAGCAGCAACUGAAACUAAAGGGCAUAGUGCUUACUAAAAUAUUCAUUUAUAUGUAUCUAUUGACCCAAGUUUGUGCAUGGUGUGUGGAAGCGACUAAAAUAACAAACUGCUUACCAAGUUAUUUUUGAUGACAUUUAUAAUACCAGGCUGAUAUCCCCUGUAAAGGUACAUAUCCAAGACCAGGUUGUGUACAUUUAUUGAUACACAAGCAUUCACUUACAUAUAAACCUUUAGGGUAGGGAGGAUCAAUUCUCACUACACCACACUGUGAUGGCCAGUUGCACAGUUUAUCAGAUAGUUUCUGGAAAGAGGCCUAAUAACAAAUCUAGUUUACUUAUGCUGCUGACAAAUGCAUUGAUUAGACAAUAAAGUUUCAAGGAUGUUUCCAAAAGUGCAUUCACAAUGGCUUUCCAUUUAUCUCUGCCAUACAUUUCAUAACACUUUAUAGUAACAGAAUUACAGAUGUUGGGCUCAACCAGUCCCAUCACUUUGUUCCUUUCAGUUCUUUUAUGAUGUGCAGGGAAUACACCAGUAGUACUUUUCAAGUUAGUUGUAGAAUGUGCAGCUACAAGGAUUUAUAAUACCAGCUUAAAAUAUUCUUGUAAGGAAGUGGUUCAUACUCAAGUAGACUGACUGCUGCAGACUACCUAAAACAGUGUAUUUGUACUUACACUAUAUUGAAUGCUGUCAGUGGAUAAUGCUGGCUGUUGGUAAAAUGUCAGCUGUCACAAAAUUCUUAUGAGUAAAUCUGUUUGUGAAGAAGCACCUAGAUCACUCUGGUGCUCUAGUUUAUCAUAUUCUCUUAUUUUAGCAGUGAAACAGAAAAAAAACUAUCUUCACUUAGUAGACAACAUAGAUCUAUCUACAUACAUGUUGGCAAACCCACACAAGGUGGUUCAGACAAAGCGCACAUACACACACACACGUAUCAUUCACACUGUUAGUGCUGUGAGUCCCAGUGGUAAAGGAUAGUCUCAUGGACCACAAUACUAUACCCCAGGAGCUUAGGCAUAGCACAACUGGCCCAUCACAUGCAUAGCAAGGCCUGAUGGCAUACACUGGUGUACCCCUGCCCCUUCAUAAUGACUGUUCCAUACCCUACACAUACUCGUCCUGAAAUCACUGUAAAUGCAAGGUACUUCCAUCAGAAUGCCCCACACCCUAAUUGGAUCCAUAGCAUAGAUACCAGUGAAGAAAAAAAAAUAUAUGAAAGUGUUGGAGAGAUGCUUGCACUGUUACAUAGGACAAGACUAUGGACUGUUUUGAGAUUUUAUGGACUAAGUGCUAGACUGCUAAAAGAAGUGAAAAGGUCUUAUGUGGAUUGAGCACAUGUGAAAUUGAAACAACAUGGAUGAUGAGUUUCUUGUUGAAUAAGGCCGCAUCUGGUAUGUUUGGUGCCUCCUUGUUCAAUCAAGGUGAUGAUUUAGAUAAUGGUCAUAACUAUAGUAAACUUUACAGUGAUGUUUUUGUGUGUAUAUUGAAAAUCUUAGGUUUAUGGUGAAUAUUAUUCUAUGAAAUAGUGCAGUGUCUCCAGGAAGAUAAAGUCAGUCCUUGCAUCACAUGAUUUUUGGGAUUCAAACACAACCUUUCACUGAAUAAUGUACUCUUCUGAGAAUCUCUCCAUCUGACAGUUUUUGUAUCAAAUCAAGAAAGAAGCAGAACAAAUCCUACUGUUCAUUUGUAUUUUUAUAACUUUGCUUCUUUCUUGCAUGCCACCUCGCAUGUAUGGAAAGUGAAGUGUGUUAAGAAUAAACAUUUAAAAAAAAUAAGGAAAAGAACCUGUAUUGACUCAGACCUAUUUCUAAGGUAUAUUCAGCAUGUAUGAUAAAAUGUACUCAAGAUACUCCUCAUCACUUAAUAACAUGGUCCUUUUAGUCAUCAGUAUUUGUAAUAUUAAGAGUCUUGGUGUACGUAUGUCUCAUUUUCACACCAUUAAGGCAACAUAUGUGCAUAAAACUAACAUCAUUCAUUGUGGAAUGGUGCAGAACAUUUCCAUUUUCAUGGCAAUGAUAUAUAUUAUGAUGCUGUUAUAUAUCAAUAUAAUAAAAAAGUGUACCAUGUCAGUACUACUGUACUGUACUGUACUGUACUGUACUGUACUGGUAAUGUGACUACCUGUCAUAGGUUGGUCCUGCACAAAUCCCUCAGAGUCUGUAAUCAAUGGAUGUGACCGGAUUACAUCAUGGAUGGAUCACUUUUCUUUAGAAAAUAACAUUUUUUUUUUAUAUAUUGGUAGUACCCAUCUCACUUUCCUUUAUUAUAUUGCAUUUUACCAUUACAGUAUUACUAAGAUGUUCAUGACAAGGUUACAACACUUCAACAGAUGUAAUUACUUUAUUUUCAAAAACUGCACUUUGAAAAAGUGAUCUGUACACCCUCACUGAUAGACAAAAUUAAUGAUUCAUUACUGAUUUUUAGCUUUUGAUCUUUAUUAUUAUGUCAGUAGUGUAUCACAUUAAAAUAAAAAAAAAUCAA